AAUAAGUGGUAAAAUUGAAGAAAGUAUAGAAAUAAAAAGAAAUAAAAAUAAAUAAUAUAAGAAUAAAUAAAUAAAUAUCUAAUUAAGAUUAUAGAUUGUGAGAAAAUCUGUAGUAUUAAAUUGGAAUUCACUGCUUACAUUGAAUCUAUUACGCUUAAGGAUAACCGUCCUCCCAGUGCAGAAAAAAGACCAAGCAUGGAAGAUGAAAAUAAUUCAACAAUUCAUUGGUUUGCACAAACGGGGGGCGAUUCAGGGUCUAAUGAAGUAGCCGAUCGAAAUCGGGAGGAAAAAUUACGGAUAGCUAAAGAACGACAAAAUGAAGAAAGACAACGAAAAAUUGAAGAAUUAAAAGCUCAAGCCGAAGCAGCACAACGUUUUCGUGAACAAAAGGAAGAAGAAAGACGCCGUCGUAUUGAAGAAUUAAGGAAUCGUGACAAUGAAAAACGCCACCAAGUUGAAGAACGAAAACGUGCAAUAAUGGAAGCUGAAAAAGAACGAAGAGAAUACAUAAUGAGGAAAAAUUUAGAACGUUCAGCACGUUUAGAAACAAAAAAACGAAACGAAAAAAGUUCAAUUGUAUUUGCAUUUGGUUCAUCAACACCAAGAUUAUUAGAUCCAGCAGAUAUGCUAUCGGUUUCAAAUGCAACAUAUUGGGGGAAUAGAAGGUCAACAUCAAUAUCAAAUGUGGCUUAUUCUGGUCCAACAUUAUCAAGAAGAAGUUCAGAACGUGAAUUAUCUGAUGGGUCUAAAAAACGCGCAACAUCAGCUGGUGGUAUAGAUAGACAUAAUGAUGCAUUACAUCGUAAUAAGUCAGGUUCAAUGUAUGAAGUAUUCAAUUGGGGUUUCUGUAAUGAUGAACCCCCAAAACGUUAUUCAUUAUCAAUUAUUGGAAAUGAAAUUGAUAUUGAUGGACCUUGUAAUACAAUACAACAUACAAAAGAGGAAACAACUGAUUCACCUGCACUAAUGUAUCGUUCUGUUGCGAGAAGAAAAACUGAUUUAAUGCCUACUAUACCAAUGCCAAGAGAGCCAAAUUUUGGGUCUAAAUCUUCUCUUAGUCAUACGCCCAGAACGCCAGGACGUGCAGUAUCAAUGACACGUUUGGAUCAAUUGGCUCAACCAGUUCGACGUAAUGGUGAACAUAUUAGAGCGAUAAUUGAACGUGAAAGAAUACAACAACUUGAAAAUGAAAUGAAUAUGAAUUCAGUAAAUAAUUCCCCAUCAAAAAGCAUGUCUCGUAGUAUGACGCACUUGAGUGGAAAUAAUAAUAAUAAUAACAAACAAAAUAAUCAUUACAAUUAUAUAAAUAGUAAUAAUAAUCAUAAAAAUGGAUUACGUUCAUUAAGUAAAAAUGAUUCUAGUAAAAGUAUGACUCAAUUAGCAACACGUGCUAUUUCAUCUACUAAAAAAUUCCUUAAUCGUUUCACAAAAUCUGAUAAAAAGGAUGAUGCACAGACAAAUAAUAUAAAUAAUAAUAUUAAUAGUAAUAAUUUAUCGCAAUCAGGAUCGAGGUCUGGAGAUGUUACACCAGGUGGUAGUGUUAAUCCGUCAAGACCGGGAAGUGCAAUGUCUACAUCAACUACAACAUCAACUUUAGUACAGAGAAGAUCAAUGCCAACACCUAGAAAACCACGUCCAGCUAGUAUAGCAGGUACUGGAGUAACAGGUGUCUUAAAUGAUGAACACAAAAAAGAGAAAAAAGAUAAACCGCCAAUUCCAAAAACCCAAAAUAUGACGCCCAAACGGACAAGUUUAAGUAAUUCAAGUUCGAUUACUAAAUUAUCUUCAUCCGCCGAGAAAAAAACCACGCCAAUUAAAAAGGAACAUGCUGCUUCACCCAAACCAACUGCAGUUAACUCUAAAACUGCAACCCCAGCUAAAACGGCUCUGUCAAAUAAUCAAACACCGAUAAAAUCAGCUUCAGCUAAAAAAGCACAUGCUGUGCCAGCUCAACAACAACAACAACAAGAAAUACCGUCAGAAAAACAAUAUGAAGUAACAGUAAAGGAAAUUGUCCAAGAUAACCAAAAACAAGAGGAGUUAAUACAAAAGGAAAUUCAACAGCAUCAACCUAACUUAGAAAUCCAGUCAAAGGCAGAAAAAGAUGCUAUAAAUAUUGAAAAAAUUGAUACAAUUGAAAUUGUCGAAAUUGUACCAAAUAUUGAUGAAAACACAACUACGACUGUUGAAAUUACCAACACUGAAGCCGGUUUUGAAACAAUUGUUAACGGUAACUCAUCCGAAAUUGUUGCUAAUGUUACAAAUGCUGUUAUAAAAGAAUAUGAUAAUUCAAAUGUAAACGAGGAAAUUGAAUCCAUCGACGAGAAAGUGGAUCAAGAUACAGAAAAAGAUGAUAAGGUCCGUGAAAUGUCCAUAGAACGCCAGCAACAACUUCAAACUCAAGAAAAUGAAAUGACGGCUUCAAUGAUUGCACGAAAAAUUACAACUGAAGAAGAAGCUAAAGCUGCUUUGGCUGAGAGACGUCGUUUAGCUAGAGAAGAAGCUGAAAGACAAGCUGAGUUAGAAAGACAACGGAUUGAAGCUGAAAGACAAGCAGAACUAAAACGUAUAGCUGAAGAAGAAGAGAAACAACGACAAUUUGAAGAAGAAGCUACACGUUUAGCUGAAGAGCAACGUAGGGCGGAAGAGGAACGAUUACAACAAGCUAUUGAAGAAGCUCGCAAGCGGGAGGAAGAAGAACGUCUUAAACGCGAAGAAGAAGAAAAACUAAAGGCUGAAAGAGAAGAAAGUGAAAGAAAGGCAAAAGAAGAAGCAGAGAAACAGAGACUCGAGGUAGCUGAACGAUUGAAACGUGAAGAAAAAGAACGUGAAGAAAGACGAAAACGAGUUGAAGCAAUUAUGUCACGUACAAGAAAAACUGGCGGUGGAGCAACACCAAAUUCUACACCAACCAAGGAAAAUAAUGGUGAGUCAAAAGUAGAAAACAGAACGACUGAAGAAAAGGUAGCUAAUAAUAAUAUUAAUGAAAACGAUCAAAAACAAGAAUUGCAAGAGGAACAAAAAUCUGAAUCACAACAGAAACAAGAAUAUCAAGAGCCACAAUCGCAACAACAAUCUCAGGUGCAAUCGCCUAGUACAGAAAUUGAAAAUCAUACAUCAACAACAAUGUCCGAAAAAAAUGGUAGUAUAACAACAAAUAGUAAUACUAGUGAUGUUACAAGUAGUAGUGAUAAUAAUGUAAUAGUUGAUACAGUAACAACAGAAACAACAACUACAAUGGUGGUUCCAGAAUUAGAUAACAAUGCAGAUAUUACUACAAAGUUAACUGUAACAACAACAUCAACAACAGUAAAUGAUAAUAAUAAAACUCAAGCGCAGACAACAUAUGAACAGUCAGUUACUGAUAAAGAAAAUGCCUUAAUUAAAAAUUUUUCAAAUAUGAUAAUUGAUCAACAACAAAAUGUUAAAAAUUUACAGCAAAAUCUAAUACAAAAUAUGCAAAAUAAUCCAUUUGCUGAAGUAACAAAUGGUACAACUACUACAACAACAAAUAACGAAUUAAUAUCACAGACAAUUGCCAAUGGUAAUGGUCAUAUUGAAAAUAUGAAUAAUAAAAAUGAUGUAAAAUCAUUAAUAGAUGUUACAAGUGAUCAAUUAAUUGACUUCGCCAGUGAGUCACAACAAAUUUCAAAUGAUGCUGUUAAUUUUAAUAAUAAUAAUUUGUUGACUUCUUCAACAACGCUAGUCACAGCAGAUAGUCAUGAAAAUAAAGAGAUUUCGUUGUUGUGAGUCUACGAUAAUAUGGAACCAACUAGGAUUGUAUUUUAAAUCAUAAAUUAAUAUAAAUGCAUCAAAAGCUAUACGUAUAAAUAUAUAAACAAAAUGAGUAAAAUAUUUAAUUUAAAUUAAAAUAAAAUAAUAAUUUCAAAGAAAAGAAAUCGUAAAGAUAUAUACUUAAGUACUAAAUAAUCCAAGCUACAUUUAAUAAAUACUGAUACAACAUCAACUAUUAAAUUAUGAAAUUUGUUUUGAAGCUUGAAAAAAGAAAACACUAGAAAAUUUAAUAAAGAUGAAGAAAUUUAUUUUUUUCAAUUAUCUCUUUUAAUUUAUUUUUUAGUCCAAAUCAGAUGAAAAUGUCAAGAAAUUGAUUAAAAUUUAUUGAACAAAGUCGGAAAGAGUAAAACAAAAAUAUUUCUGCAUACUAAACAAAAACAAAAUAUAAUAUAUUAGUAGAUAAAAAAAAAUAAUAUAAAAUAAAUUAAUAAAAAAAGUAAACAAAUUGAAUAAAAUUCAAAAAAAAAAAACAAUUCUUUUUAAUUAUUAUAUAUUAUUGUUUAUUAUUUUUUUUUAAUAGUUAGAACUUAUAUAGGUAUAUAAAUAAAAAUUUAUUAAAUUAAAAGUUAAAUAAAAAAAUUAAAAUAAAUAAUAAAUAACAUUUAUAUUUGUGUAACUGUAUUUCAUUUACAAAAUCUUAAAUGUUUUUAUGUGAAAAGAAAAAAUAUUAAAACAAGAUAAAAUUAAAUGAAGAUUAAUUAUUAAAGAUGAAACUCAGCAAGGGUCAUAACAAGGAUUCAAAACGAAAUACUAUAAAAAGGUUCAUUACUAUGAAUACACUUAACGUGUAAUUUUUGUUUGCUUCAAUUUUGUUCAAAAAUUUUACUAAAAGCUUUUUCAAAAUAACAAUAAUAUUCUGUUGUGAAGGAAAAUCAAAUUUUUUUUUUAUUUAAAAGAAAUUAAAAAUUAUAAUUAAUAAAAAGGAUUUAAAUUUAAAACAAAUUUUUGUUUCUUAAAAUUAUUUAUUAAUUCCUUAAAUAAUAUGAUUAGCUACUAAAUAGAAAUAUAUAUUACAUAUUAUAUUAUGUAGAUCCUAGGAAAAUAAUAUUUUAUGGUGGUAUUUUUGUAUGAGAAACAAGAUAAUAUAUAAUGAAAAUAUUUGAAAAAUUGUGUAUAUAUACCUACAUAUUAUAUAUAUUUGAAAAAUUAAAAGUUAAAAAAAAAACAAAGAUUAGGAAAAGAUAAUAUUUAAAUUGAUACACGGGCAUUCAGCACAAAUAUAUACCAUAUAUAUUAUUUUAAUGUAUAUUGUAAAAUUAUUUGUCGUAACUAUUACAACAAAACUAAAACAUAAGGAUUACAAAGAAAAAAAUUCAUAA